GGAGGAGGAUGGAGCCGCACCUCGCCCGCCAGGGUCCCGCCCUGCUGCUCUGCCUGGGUUUCCAUCUUCUCCAAGCAGUUCUCAGUGCAACUGUGAUUCCUUCAUGUAUCCCAGGAGAAUCUGAAGAUAACUGCACAGCUUUAGUUCAGACAGAAAACAACCCACGUGUGGCUCCAAUGUUGAUAACAAAGUGUAACUCUGACCAUAAUGGCUACUGUUUGCAUGGACAGUGCAUCUACCUGGUGGGCAUGAGUAAAAAUUACUGCAGGUGUGAAGUGGGUUAUGCUGGAGUCCGAUGUGAGCACUUCUUUUUGACUGUCCAACAACCCUUGAGCGAAGAAUAUGUGGCUUUGUCUGUGAUUCUUAUUGUCUUGUUUCUUCUCACAGUUGCCGGUUUCAUUUACUAUUUCUGCAGAUGGUACAAAAAUAAAAAAAGUAAAGAAUCAAAGAAGGAAUAUGAAAGGGUGACCUCAGAGGAUCUGGCGUUGCCACAAGUCUGA